ACGUAACAAAAAACACAACUUUUCAUAGACAUUGUUUUGCGUGUACUUGCAUACUGCCAAUUUUUGGGCUAUAUAAAGUGGUCAAGUGCCGCCUUCAUGUAAUUAUAGUCCAGCUGUCCAGUUGUCCAGAGCAAAAUUCGUAGCCCUUGAGUGCGUGUUUUUAAAGCCAAUAUGAAAGCAAUUUUAAUGUUAUUGGUGAUUAUUGCUGUUCAGCACGCAUCAUGUCAAAAGCAGUACACAAACAAAUUUGAUAAUGUUGAUGUAGACGGAGUUUUGUCAAAUAAUCGUAUUCUAACCAACUAUAUUAAGUGCCUUAUGGAAAAAGGACCUUGCACUCCUGAGGGCCGUGAAUUAAAAAAAUUGUUACCAGAUGCAUUGCAGACGGAAUGUUCCAAGUGUACCGACAGCCAGAGGAAAAAUUCUCAAAAGGUCAUUAAUUUUCUUCGGGUUAACCGACCAGGGGAAUGGAAAUUGCUACUGGAUAAAUAUGACUCAAAAGGAGUUUACAGAGCUAAAUACGAAAAACAAGGCUAAAUUUUAUAUUCCAGUGUUUAUAUACAUAUAUUUUGUAUAUCCAAAACGAUUUAAAUUCAUAGUAACAGAAAAUAUAUAAUAAUUAUUUUAACUUUUUUCUAGCCAA